GAGACGGACUCCGUGCGGCAGACGCUGACCAAACGUAUGCGUAGCACAGACACAUUUUAACAGUUUUUCAGUUUAGAGCUUGAUUCAAGUAGCCAACUAACUGCAUACAUUUAGCUACAUUGCAUCCGCUGCGUAGGAGGAUUUAAAGGGCUGUGUUCUUGGGCUCAGCGGAUAGAGACAAACGAGUGAGGAUGGUGCAGGUCAACAGGAUAUGCUGCAUAGGCGCGGGGUACGUGGGCGGCCCCACCUGCAGUGUCAUCGCCCAGAUGUGCCCAGAUGUGACCGUCACCGUGGUGGACGUGAACGAGGAGCGCAUUCAGGCCUGGAACUCAGAGAACCUGCCCAUUUUCGAGCCCGGGCUGCAGGAAGUGGUGGAGUCCUGUCGUGGGGUCAACCUCUUCUUUUCCACGGACAUCAACACGGCCAUCAUGGACGCAGACCUGGUCUUCAUCUCGGUGAACACGCCCACUAAGACGUUCGGAAUCGGCAAGGGGAGAGCGGCCGACCUGAAGUACAUCGAGGCGUGCGCGCGCCGCAUCGCCGACGUCGCCAGCGGCUGCAAGAUCGUGGUGGAGAAGAGCACGGUGCCCGUCCGCGCGGCCGAAAGCAUCCGGCGCAUCUUCAACGCCAACAUCAAGAGCAGCCUCAACUUCCAGGUCCUCUCGAACCCAGAGUUUUUGGCAGAGGGCACGGCCAUCGCUGACCUGAAGAACCCUGACAGGGUGCUGAUUGGGGGGGACGAGACACCCGAGGGCCAGCGGGCGAUCGAGGCUCUGCGCGGCAUCUAUGAGCGCUGGGUCCCCAAGAGCAAGAUCAUCACCACCAAUACCUGGUCCUCAGAGCUGUCCAAGCUGGCAGCCAAUGCCUUCCUGGCCCAGCGCAUCAGCAGCAUAAACUCCAUCAGCGCCCUGUGUGAGGUCACCGGAGCAGACGUGGAGGAGGUGGCGCACGCCAUUGGCACGGACCAACGAAUCGGCAGCCGCUUCCUCAAAGCCAGCGUGGGAUUUGGUGGCAGCUGUUUUCAGAAGGACGUUCUAAACCUGGUCUACCUCUGUGAGGCUCUGAACCUACCUGAGGUGGCAAGAUACUGGCAACAGGUGAUCGAAAUAAACGAUUACCAGCGUCGACGUUUCUCCUCCCGAAUAAUCGGCUGCCUCUUCAACACGGUCACGGACAAGAAGAUCGCCUUGCUGGGGUUCGCCUUCAAGAAGAACACAGGAGACACCAGGGAAUCCUCCAGCAUCUACAUUAGCAGGUACCUGAUGGACGAGGGGGCCCAUCUCCACAUCUACGACCCCAAGGUGAAGAAGGAGCAGAUCAUCCAGGACCUGUCCCAGCCCACUCUGGCCCACGGGGAUGACCCAUCCAGAGUGUCUCGUCUCGUCACCGUCAGCACGGACCCCUACGCCGCCUGCGAGGACGCCCACGCCAUCGUCAUCUGCACCGAGUGGGACAUGUUCAAGGAGCUGGACUAUGAGAGGAUCUACAAGGCCAUGUUGAAACCGGCCUUCAUCUUCGAUGGAAGGCGGAUUCUGGACGACCUGCACGAGCAGCUCCAGCACAUCGGCUUCCAGGUUGAGACUAUCGGCAAGAGAGUGAGCCAGAGAAGUGCCUUCGCCACCACCAAUGACAUUGCCAAAGCUGACCAAUUCCCACCACCCAAGAAGACUAAGCUGUGAACUGCUCUGUAUGAGCAGGGUCCUACCACCCAGGACAAGGGCUUCUAAUCUGUUGGAGAAAGAAGCAUUUUAUGUUCAGUAUUAUUUAAAACAAAUAUUUAACUAUGCCUUUGUAAGAGAGUCCUGUUCUGCUUUGGCUAAGGCUCGGCAGACACGUCUAAGUUUUUUUUGUCUGUCUGUCUGGUUUGGUCUUUUAUCUGUUAAAACUUUCACUUUCGAGCGUGAAGUGGCAGAGUUCAAAACCAAAUGUUUCUUAAGACUCAAAUUUUUUUCUUUUCUUUUAUCCUCAGUAUUGGAAUCCUGCCCACUUCAGUAUUCAGGUUAAUUUAAGCCCUUUUAGGAAGUGAAGCAUUUAAAUCACAUGACACUACAUUCCCAUGUAUAUACCAUUGUUGUUCUUUUUUUAGUAUUUUAUCAUUUUACUCAUCUCAAGGCAGGGAUGUGGUGAAGAGGAAGGG